CACUAAAUCAAAAUUAAUCGGCGUUUAUUUAUGAGGCAGCUUAUUCAAUUAGCGAGUCGUCAUCUCAUCAUCAGUUCUCCACUGUGCCCGUCUGGAAGCCUCGUUAUUCCAUUCACUAAUUUUCGCUUUGUCCGUUUAACCAGCGACAAGGAUCACGUUGGCUGACUUUCCUCAUUUGAAGCCGAAAAGAACAUUACAAUCUCACCCUUUGCAGAAUAAAAUAUUUUAAAAUGUUCAAGUACCUUUGUGCAAUCGUGAUCCUGCUCACCGUUGCCUACUCGUCAGCAGAGGUGAUUGAGAAUGCUCGGUGCUCAAGGGGGCCUGAUGCACGCAACAUUAAGAGCGAGGUUCACGAAAUCCGAGUCAUCCCAUGUGCAGAGGCUGACGAUGGAGAACCAUGCAAGAUGAGGAAAGGGACCAACGCCACGAUAGAGAUUGACUUCACUCCGACCGUCAAUGUGAGACGUCCGAAGGCUGGGAUGUAUUGGAUGUCAAGAGUGGACAUGAUUUUCAGGGGACUGAAACCCAACGCUUGUCAAGACAUGCCAUGUCCAAUCCAGUCUGGAACUCGCUACACUUACAGCACAACUAUUCCCCUUGGAAGGGAACUGCCUGCUGGACAAUAUCCCAUAAAACUGAAAAUCUCGGAACGCAGAAACAUUAUCUUCUGCCAAACACUCAGAAUCAAACUUAUGGAGCCCGAUGAUAGCGAGUAGUUUACCUUCUUUGUUUAUUAUAUUCAGAGAAAGCUUAUAACCUGUACUAACAAUGCACAUGUCAGACAUGUUUCGCACGGAUCUUCUUGAAACCAGCACUAAAAUAUCAAAGAACCAAACACAAAUAACAUUUGGUGUGACACUUGAGCACUUCUGCAGAAUUCGCGAAAUGGCGAAGGUUUUAAGUUGGCAAAAUCACGCAUUUUCACCAUGCGAAACUAUACGGAGUUCAUCUCUCCGCUUUCCAAUUUUCUCCUACGCUUCUCUUCACCAGGUCAUCAGUUCACAGUUUUCACCUUGCAUGAAAAAUUAAGUUUAUUAAUUUACGAGCCAAGUUCUCAACCGAUUUUUCAUCUUUGGCUUUUAAAUAAUUUUUUAACACUUUUUAAUAUUGAAGAUGAAAAUUAAAUUCUUAUCAGUGGAAUUUUUAAAAAAAUUGGAUGAGAAUAGUGGAUUAUUUUUAAAAAUUUCUUUCACAUUGCUUAUUUUUAUUUGUAUUUGAACAAAAGAAAAACAAAUAUACCAAGUUUCCUACGUGUAAUAAGUUGGUAAGAGCUAACAUCUCACUUUGUUUUUAAAGAUGUUGCCCUUAAAAUCUUUAAAAACAUACAACGCUAAAGAAAAAAAAUCGAAUCCACUUUUGUGAACCAAUUUUGAAAAAUAA